AUGGCGGAGAAUCAAGCAACGGCGGUUAUGGAAACAUCGGCAGUGGAGAAGCAGCCAGAGACGAUGACAGAGGCCGAAGCACUGAGUUUGAGUGUGACUAGUACGAAGAAGAUGAUGGUUGCGAUCGAUGAGAGCGAUGUGAGCUUCUACGCUCUCCAAUGGGUCAUUGAUCAUUUCUCCAACCUCUUGAUGACCACUGCGGCGGCUGAUGAUGCUGAAGUUGGCAUGCUCACGGUGGUUCAUGUCCAGUCUCCGUUCCACCACUUUGCUGCCUUUCCGGCUGGACCCGGCGGCGCCACAGCAGUUUACGCAUCUUCGACGGUGAUAGAGUCAGUGAAAAAAGCUCAGAAAGAGACUUCUGCAGCACUUCUCGUGCGUGCACUCCAAAUGUGCCGAGCCAAACAGAUACGUGUUGAAACAAAGGUGCUUGAAGGCGACGCGAAGGACAUGAUUUGCCAGGCGGUGGAGCAAAUGCACGUUGAUCUUCUCAUUGUUGGUAGUCGUGGCCUCGGCAAGAUCAAAAGAGCGUUUAUCGGAAGCGUUAGCGAUUACUGUGCUCACCACGCCAACUGUCCCAUCCUUAUUGUGAAGCCACCAAAGGAGAUGACCAAGUAA